AUGAAGGCCAUCUCAGUCAACGACGAACUCCUCGCGAAGCACCGCCGCGAACAUGUGUGGCGCAUCGUGUUUGCCGUCGUCGGCGGCGCCAUCUCGCGGUACGGUGACCUUUUUGCGAGUCUGUUGAAGCGCCUUGCGGGGGUCCAGGACACAGGGACGCUCAUCCCGGGCCACGGCGGGCUCCUGGACCGGGUAGAUGCGAUGCUGUUUCUAGGCGCUGUGUUCGUGUUGUACCAUCGCAUUGGAUCACCGAGCAAUUAUGAUGCAGACAUCUCGGACUGGUACCAUGACCUGGUCCACCUGCGCAACGAUAUCUUGGCGGCACAAGGACGAGGAUAA